CACGUGUGACGCACUUAUAGUUUACACGCAACGAAUGCGGCGAGUGUGGUGAUGCCUUAACUGUAAAGCUUCGCCGCUUUUUCUAGUGAAUCCAGUCUCGUGGUGUACAGUGGCAGUGUUGUGCAAGUCUGAGGAAAACAUACACGGAACGGAUUAAACUGUAAAUUAAAAAUGAUAUCGAGAUUGCAAAAGAACAUUACUCAUCACUCACUGCCAGGAACUCGGCAGAUGUUGUUUAAAUUAAGCUCAUAAACAAUUUCAGGUCACGCGGAAAAGAUAAGCGAGACAAAAAGAAAUUCCUCCUUUGAAAAGCGUUACAAACAAGAGAUAAACAAUGCCAGAAUUAGGCCCAAUGAUGCGUGCGCUGGAAAUGCAGAGGCUCAUCGAAAACAAAGUGUCCGAAUGGCGAGAGAGGUCAACACGGGUCGCGGGGGCGAGCGUGGCCGAGUCUUAUCAGCAGCCGCUUCACUUUAAACGUCACACCAACAGACGCAAAAACAGCGCUGAAAUAAACAGAAUUAUCGCAAAGUACUCGACUUCUAACAAGAGGCCUGUAGAGCGGCGAUUCACAUUAGAAAAGUGCCCUGAGGAUCCGCCUGUGCGUCCGGCUAGACACAAAAAGUUAUUCGAUAAGCUAAAGUUCUCGAGGAGCGAAGACAAUCUUGCCAAUAUAGGUGUCAUGGACACUCCGGACCCCACAGAGGAAAUCAAAGCUCCACCUCGUUUAAAAUUGUCAAAAUACAAAACGAAGAGUUGUGAGGAUAUAACCGCUUUUGGUGACUUCAAUCACACUAUGAAGAGCAAGCAUUUCGAAGAAAAUAGUAUAUUAAAUGCGAAGGUUAUUCCAAAAGAGAGUCACACGCUUCACAGUAUCGGCGAGGAUAGUUCAUCUAUUUCGGAACUUGAAGACAGUGGUGUUAAUUUAAGACACAAACCUAAUUUUGUUACAUCGACUCCUAUAUCAAAUAGAAAGACGUGUCCUGUUGGUGAUUCUGUGUCAGUGUUCGAGUUUGAAAAGUGUGCCAAAUAUGCCAGUGUUAGUGAUAUACAAAAAGGGAGUUCUGUGCCAGACGUUCGUAGUCGAAUAUCAGUGGGAUCGGAGAACACUUUGGAUGCUCGGAAACGAUGGAAGUUAAUAAAACCUCCUUUUCGGAAAGGAACAUUUGAUUGUUUACUUCGUUGGCGCGGAAAAAAACCGACGUCACAACAUCGAACUAAAAUUCAAGAAGUGGACGACAGUUUUUUCGAGAAGUUCGGAUCAAUACUAAAGCAAGUGUCACAAAAAGCCGCACUAGAAGAGUCAACGCCAUUAGCUCCAUUGAAAGAAGCAGAAGAACAGGAUGGGGAACAGAAAGCCAUUGACGCAUCGGAAAGCCAAAGUGUCGCUCGAGAUUCUGACAGUGGGAACGAAACAUUACUUGACACUGACUCCGAACCUGAAGACCCUGAAAAAGUUGACUUUUACGUUGAAGCAGUGGGAUGGAAUGUUGAUGAAUUAUAUUUGGAGAUACUGUACGAGAUAUUACACAAUGUCGGAGGACGUGACGUAGGCUGCGAGGUGGGGCAGCAGGCCAUGCUCGGCUACGUGCAGGAAGCCUUCAAAAUAUCCAACGAGAAGCACACGCAACUCCUGACACAGGCUGAGGCGAAGGAACCACCUGAGCUAAUGCUAAAUGUGGAGAUAAUUGAAGGAAAGGAUAUUGUCCCAAAAGACCCCACCGGUUUAAGUGACCCUUUCGUCACAAUAUACGUUAUGUCAAACACUGCUCACAGAUAUAACACGUCUGUAAAAUCGGCAACACUAAAUCCUACUUGGGAAGAGCAUUUUUCAUUGCCUAUUCCAGGAAAUUUGCAAGAAGAUUCAUUAUGUGUAGAAGUUUGGGAUUUCGAUCCAGCGGAGACGGUGAAAGAGAAAAUGACCAAAAUAUUCGAAGUUAAAGGCGUCAAAGGACUUCGUAAGCUUAUGAAAGAAAUUGCAAUCACAGCGUCUACGGGGAAACACGACAAUGAGCUAAUUGGCACUGCUAAUAUACCACUAAGUUCGAUCCCAGCGUGCGGUAUGACGACGUGGCUGAACUUGAACAAGAAGAGCAAACUGCGCCGGCAAGGCGUGCUGAAGGCGAGGUUCAGCUUCUCGUCGGAGAAGAACUCGCAGGUGGCAGCGCAGGAGCACAGGCAUCUCUUGAGGAUACUCUUGCUUCAUGAGCUCGAAAGUUCCAAGGUAGCUCCGUACUGGUGGUGCGGCAACUUCAGCGCGGCGGCGGAAGGCGUGCUGACGCAGCACGCGGCGCAGAGCGGCCUGUCGCAGCUCGACAACCACCUGGCGCAGUGGACCGUGUACUGCGCCGUCACCACCGACCACCCGCUCAGCUUCGCCCUCUUCAACGGCCUGUUGGACAAGCUCACCAAGCCGUUGCAAUCUGGUCUCGUCAAUGAAGAGGACGUCAAGCUCUUUUGGGACGGAGCGAAGAAGUUGCUUCCAACUUGUUACAGCCACAUAAGGAAAUUAAGAAAAAAGACCGCCGGCGACAAGACAGUCAUGAAAACGCUUCGAGAAGUUUUGAUAAUCCUUUAUAAACUGUCCAUAUUGGAUACACCUGAAUCUAUUGAUUUGUUUCCGGCUAAUUUAUACGGUUGGCUAAGAGAUAAGGACGAUGGCACCAGAUUAACAUUACACGAAGUCUUGAAUCAGGCAGUUAUACAGGGUGCUUCCGAUUGGUUCGUGCACAUACUUGACAAUAACGAGUGUAAAGAUAAAACGGAGGAAUCGAGGCUGCAGCAUUUGAUUCGAGUCAUACAAUUAGUUAGAUCUGAUUUGCAAAGGGCUGUGGAGUACUUCGAUAGGGUUUUUAUCGAGGUGAUGAGUUUCCCGUAUUCCAAAGCGCUAUACGGAGUGUAUGAGGACAAGAUCGCUUCGCUAGUGGAGCCAGAAGUGAUACAAGUGUGCAAGAGCAUGAAGCGGCUGCGAUACAGCGAGGGGUCCACCAACAGUGUCCACUUGGCCGGGGGUCUCAACGGAGACACCGGGCUGGGCGCAACCGAAGUUGGCACUGAGCCCUUGGCUAUGGGCACGACGUUGUUCGAAUUAUAUCUUGCGUUGCAGAGGUUUUUGACGUUAGGUCAAGGUCUUAAUGAAACAGAUUGGAACUCAUACAGCAUAUCAAAGUUCCACGGUUGGUUUUCCGAUGGAGUAGCUCAGUGGCUCGACAUAGCGGCUUACAAGGCGCUGACUCGCAUUGAGAAAGCGGUGGAGCUGGAUCAUCUGGUGCCUGUCGAUACCAAUGUGAAGUACAGCAGCUCUGGAGUUGACACGUUGGCGAUAUUUUACCAGAUUAAAAUAUUCUGGCAACAAUUGGCGUGGCCGGACGUUGAAGGCUGUUAUGCAUUUGUUGCUAAAAUUAUUGAUGAUAUAUGCCGUUGUUGCGUGUUCUACUCGGACCGCAUGGCCAACCGAGUGAGUAGCGUGGGCACCGUGACCAAUGUGUACGAGGAGCGGUUCGAGGUGACCACGGACUGGUGCGUGGCCAUCAACAACAUCGACUACGUGCGCCAGAGCCUGCAGCCUUUCGUGCAAGAGCUGGGCAUGGAGGAGAUCAUACAGAAGAUGUGCGAGACGCGUUCCCCGCUUGAGGCUCAGAGGUGUAAGGAGACAUUGCAGAAUGUCAUCGCCAAUGCCAUUGAUACGGUUAAAAACAAAAUUGUGGAUCUUUUGGAAGUUAUGAUUAAAAAGAUGAUGCCAUCUAUCACACGUUUCCUAAUAGAAGGAGCAGAACUACUCCACCAAGACUGUUCGAGUAUGGAGCGUGUGAUGCGAUACUUGGAAGCCAAUCUCGACACAUUAUACCAACAUCUUAACAACGAAAACUUUUCUAGAACACUCGAUAUAGUUUGGGAACAACUUGGUGAAGUGUUAUACGAACUUAUACAAGCCAAUCUUGAGCACCGAAGGGCAAAGAUAACUCGCUAUAUCGACCCGAGACGAUUGACCAAAUCGGCCGCAGCUAACUUAGACGCGAAACGACGUCCUCCCUCAUUCUUUUCCAAUCUACACGAAUGUUUAAAAAUAAUGGUUCGCUCCUUCCGACAAGACAAUAAAGACAUUUACACGUCUGAUACGUUAAAACGCGUGGAGUAUCUGUUGAAUCUACACGGUUUGGAGACGAGAGAGCUGAUACAUCAGUACCAUUUGGAGAGGUGGCAGGAGCAGCAGGCCGUCACUGAGCCGAAGAUGGGGUUGUUGACAGUACGAGCGCAGUUCGUUGAAGACAGUUUGAAGCUUGAAAUCAUGAACGCCAGGAAUUUGACCCCUACUGAUUCAAAUGGUCUGUGUGAUUCGUACGUCCGCGCAGCACUGCUUCCCGAAGAUUCGUUCGUGAACGUUGAAAAGCCAAAAACUCAGACACAUAGCAAAAACCUCUUUCCGCUAUACGACGAGAUGUUUUCAAUAUCGCUAACGCACGAGCAGCGGCGCAUCGCCGACGGGCUCAUCCACCUGGUGGUGAAGGACAAGGACAUGUUCAGCGUCAGCAACACGUUCGUGGGCGAGGCGUACCUGCACUUCAGCGAGAUCCCCGACACGCCGGCGCCCAUCUCCAGCCUGCCGCAGCAGCACUUGCCGCUCUCCAGACCUGCCACUAUCGACGGCGAUGCUAUCAAAGCUUUGGAGUCCAGACAAGGAGACAAACAAGCACGGGAGUUCCUUAAGAAACUAAGACAGAAAAUGCCAAGUAAACAAUUUUUCUCGCUAGGCUGAAUAUUUAUAUGAAUAUACGUAAUAUAAGCAUAAUUUAUUUGUGAUAACAUAACGCACAGAAUGUUGAUAAUCCUAUAUAUGUAUUAUGUAGUGAACAGCAAUCUGUGAAUAGUAGAAAAGAAAGCAAUAUUUUAAGCCUGUAGUUCUAAAGUCCUACACAAAAGUGUCAAGUGUCUGCUAAUUUUAAUCAAAAUUGUAUUAUCUAGAACUGAGUCUAUCAUGUUCCUCAUACUCUUAAGGUGUUGAUAGAUUUGAACAUUCACUUGUAACAGAACAUCGAGCUUUCAUCGUUUUUAUAUUUGUCGAACUGAACAACGAGCUGAGCCAAAAUAUAAUUAUAGAGCCAAAUAUUGCUACGAACAUUUUGAGAAUUCUAGCGAAUCUAUUCUCGUCAAAGAUAUUCUUCUCGGUAAAAAGUUCCAAGAAAAUCUGUUCUUUAGAAUGCUCGCCGGAACGCUGGAUAUGGAAUGCUCGUUAAAAUGUUCUCGUAUUUUUCUGUGAUGUAACAUUCGCAAGAAUGCUCAAGUCUGUCAGCACCUUUAUAAAUUUACUCUAGCAUAACGCUAAUUAUAUAUCGAUAAAUCUAUUCUUGCAGAUUAUAGAAUUUGUUUAAUUGGGUUUUCCAUAUAAAAUUGAGCUUAGAGAUUAGUAUGUAAAGUUUUACGAGCAAUAAAAUAUGCAAUUUGAUUAUACAACGUGUCCCAAAAUUCAACGAUAAGCGGGCGCCAAAAGAUUGACCUGCUCAUGAGCACUUAAGGAAAAAUAAUAAAAAAAAUAUACCUAAAUUUUUUUUUUAGUUACAAAAUAAAUUUUAAAAUUCUUUGAAAAUUUACACCUUGUAUGAUAUUUUGAACUACCGCAGCUACAAUUUCUUAAAUAUGCUUAAGAUUUUUUUUGUAUCGGAACCUAAGUAGUACUACUAUUCACCACAACUCUUAAAAACACCACAAUGCCCGCAGUUUUUACACAAAAAAAAAUCAAAAUAUUUUUUUUCCCUCAAAUUUUUAAAGAUUUUUACUUUCAGUCUACUUUGACUCAUGGUCUUGCAAAAAAAAGUAUGAACACCGCUAUGGCAAGUUAUUUUCAAAGUUGACGCAACUAAUCAAGAUUUCAAAAUAGUAUAAUACCCUAGGAUAACUAGUCACAAAAAAAAAUAUGCGUACCAUUUGUAAACAAGAACCAAAUUUCUUAAUUGUUCUUGUUGUUAGUAAUAAAUUUUACUAUGUUCCAAAAAUGUGUUUGUUAUUUUAAUUACACAACAUUAAAGUAAAUGUUCGAAUUGUUUUCCACCGGCAUUAAUACAGGCACGACAUCGCCUUAAAAACGACCGUUUUAUUUUUCGCGCAUAUCUUCUAGCAUUGAUAUGUGCCGCAGCCUGAGUGAUUUUUUGCCGAAGCUCGUCCAAUGUCGUAAUCGGUUUUGCGUAGAUCCUGUCUUUGAGACAACCCCAAUAAAAGAAAUCCAGGGGGUUUAGGUCGGGUGAUCGGGGUGGCCAUAGGAUAGGACCAAGUCGCCCGAUCCAACGCCCCGGAUACUCGUGGUCUAGGUAUUGUCUCACAGGACGAGCGUAGUGAGCUGGGCAACCAUCAUUUUGAUACCACAUAUUUUGAAGGUCGCUUAGGGGGACGUCUUCUAGUAAUUCUUGCAAAUCAUUUUGUAAAAAGUUCAAAUAACUGUCCCCAUCUAAGUUUCCUUGUAAUUCAAAAGGCCCAAUCACUUUUCCAUUUAAAAUGCCCGUCCAUAAGUUGACCUUAAAUUGAUAUUGGGAUUUGUCUUCUCUCAUCAGGUGCGGAUUCUCAUUGCUCCAGCUGUGUAGGUUGUGAAGAUUUAAAUAGCCAUCUUUCUUGCAGGUUGUUUCAUCCGACCAUAGUACUUUAUCCAAGAACUGAGGAUCUUCCCGAUGCUUUUGAAGCAUCACUCGGCAAAAUGCGAUCCGCAGUGGAUAGUCCCGUGAUAGUAACGUUUGUACACGUCUGUAAUGAUAUGGGUGUAGCCGAUGACGUUUUAGUAUUCGAUGUGCUGAACUUUUUGGGAUUCCCGUAGCUGCUUCUAUGGCACGCACUGAGGUAGUUGAAUCAAUGUUUAUUUCAUUGAGAACUUCUUCAUCGCAUUCCGAUCUAGGUCUUCCAGCGUUUCUUCUAGCUGACGGCAAACGACCCUCCGAAAACGCUUGAUGCACAUUCAUAAAUACCCGAUAAUCUGGAUAUCUUUGAGCGUUUGGGUACCUUUCUCGAUACAAUCUGCUAGCAGCGUUAGCAUUGCACCGACAUUCUCCAUAAAUGAGAUGCAUGUUAGCGUAUUCCAUCGGCGUGUAUGGUUGCGGCAUGAUAACGCUAAACAGUCCAAAAUACACCAAAAGUCCAAUUCACAAAACACAGGCACAGUCCAAAAUAAUGCCAGGUCAGUUCAGUUUGCAGAUCACUUAAGUCCAGUCCAAAAUGCAAAGCCAAAAGUCGUUAGUACGAGAGCCACGUCAAUUGAAUACGGAAAGUUGCGCAGUAAACAAAGGAGCAGAGCGUACUGACUUGCUGGGAACAGGAUUUUCUUUACCUGCAUCAUUGUCAUUCAACAAAGAACAUCUGUCUAUCCCUCUCUAACGUAUACUUAUCGCUAUCUUUCUCUCUCUCUCUCUCUCUUAUUUUUAAAUGUUAUCGUUCGUUCCAUUAAAAUUCUAGGAAAUUGCAACGUAUGACUCACAUCAUUUUGUGCAUAAAGUAAAAGUGAUUUCUAGGAGCAAAAACAUUUUAGAAAUUUAGUUCUUGUUUACAAAUGGUACGCAUAUUUUUUUUUUGCGACUAGUUAUCCUAGGGUAUUAUACUAUUUUGAAAUCUUGAUUAGUUGCGUCAACUUUGAAAAUAACUUGCCAUAGCGGUGUUCAUACUUUUUUUUGCAAGACCAUGAGUCAAAGUAGACUGAAAGUAAAAAUCUUUAAAAAUUUGAGGGAAAAAAAAUAUUUUGAUAUUUUUUUGUGUAAAAACUGCGGGCAUUGUGGUGUUUUUAAGAGUUGUGGUGAAUAGUAGUACUACUUAGGUUCCGAUACAAAAAAAAUCUUAAGCAUAUUUAAGAAAUUGUAGCUGCGGUAGUUCAAAAUAUCAUACAAGGUGUAAAUUUUCAAAGAAUUUUAAAAUUUAUUUUGUAACUAAAAAAAAAAUUUAGGUAUAUUUUUUUUAUUAUUUUUCCUUAAGUGCUCAUGAGCAGGUCAAUCUUUUGGCGCCCGCUUAUCGUUGAAUUUUGGGACACGUUGUAUAAAGCAAUUAAAUGGGCAAUAAGCGUAGACUGAGAUGCUUUUAAAAACAAAACGUGUUUUAUGAUGAAUAUUGGAGAGUUAGAUUUGGAAUUGCUGGAACAAUUGAAUCAUUUUGGGGUGAUUUUUGAAUCUCGAUCUUGGAAAAGUAUGAAUGGGUAAUUAAUUAAAUAUGUAAAUUCUCUUAGGUCCAUUUCGAAACGUUUUUGGUUAAUAAUAGUUUUAGAUCUCAGUGAAAAUGGAAUUAAAGUAGGCAAAACUAAUAUGCAGCUUUUAACGAAAAAGUUUCUUAGUCCCUAAUUUUUUAAAUUUUUGUAGAAUUGGAAAAAGGUAGCUUGUCAAUAUAUUUGUAAGUAAAAGCUAUCCAAAACGAAAACUAUUCUUAACUAAAAAAAAUAUUUUUUUGGUGCAGUCUGCCGAAAUUAGACUUUUGUAAGUCUAAUUUCGGCAGACUGCACCUACCACCUACUUUACAGUUUUAAAGAAAACUGUCGGUAAUGUAUGUAGGUACAUUGUAUAAUUAUUUAUUACGAACUAUGGCCAACUCCAAAAGUUGGUGUAAUGUAUAUCUUGUAGCAUUUAAGUUAUGUAUGGAUGUUAGUGAUUUUAUGAAACAUAAUGAAUGUUUAGACUUUAUACUUAAGGCAUGUAUUCUGUAGGCAUCUUUUCAUUUGAGUUACGUAGGCGAAACGUAUGGUUAGUUCUAAAGCAUUUACAAACUUUACCAUUUGGUAGAAAUAUUAGAUAAAGAUUUUUUUUUUAUAAUACUUAAAUUAUUUUUAUAUUACUUAGUUGGAUAAAUUCAAUAAACAUAUGAAGUAAAGUGACAGAAUAGUCAACAUUUUUGCGCAGACAGGAACAUUGAUCUUCCAGUUGUAGGAAUAUUUUCAUACGCAAUUGAAUAAGAGCCGUGAUAGCCCAGUGGACAUGACCUCUGCCUCUGAUUCCGGAGGGUGUGGGUUCGAAUCCGGUCCGGGGCAUGCACCUCCAUCUUUUCAGUUGUGUGCAUUUUAAGAAAUUAAAUAUCACGCGUCUCAAUCGGUGAAGGAAAACAUCGUGAGGAAACCUGCAUACCAGAGAAUUAUCUUAAUUCUCUGCGUGUGUGAAGUCUGCCAAUGCAACGCAUUGGGCCAGCGUGGUGGACAAAUGGCCUUGCCCCUCUCAUUCUGAGAGGAGAUUCGAGCUCAGCAGUGAGCCGAAUAUGGAUUGAUGACGUCAAUUGAAUAAACAACAAAAAAUAGGCAAAUAUUAUUUUCAUGAAGGUUCUAAAUGUUAUAUUAGAAAUUUUUAAAAUGUAUGUAAAACCUAUUAUUUUGUACCUCAAAUGAAAAGGGAUGUUCCAUCCAAAUAUUGCCAAGUGGAUACAUGGCUUUAAUCGUUCGGUAGUUGGUGUAUACUGUGAUAAAGAUACGUGCCUUAAUGCCUUGAAAUUUUCUUUCAUACCUUAUUUACUGAUAUCUAUUUAUAUAUAUUUAAAUACACAGACAGAAAGUAUGUUCAUACUACCUACGUGUAUUUAAAUAUCAGCCAUAUUUUGUAAGAAACUUUAUACCUACAUAUUACGGGCCAUGUUUUGCAAGGUGGUAAAAGUUUAUAUUGCAGUUCAGAGUUUUUUAACCAACUUCAAAAAAGGAGGAGGUUUCUAAAUUCAACCGUAUAUAGGUAUAUAUAUUUUAAAAUUAUUAACAAGUUACAUUUGAUUAGUUAACAUUUGAUAACGAUCUUACCCGACUUUAAGUGACAAUUUAUUUUACAGAUGUAUUCUAAGAAAUAAAUUCCUAGUUUCUCUAUGCCGUCUGUUUGAAUUUAUAGACUUCUAAGUUCUAAAUACUUAAUGAUUAUUGUGUUGCCCAAAAUUUUGUAUCGUAUAAUACUUAUAUCACUAUUGAUUUUAAAAGAAUGGCUAACUUCGUCCUUAGUACAAGUAGGUAUAUAAAGUUUCCAUGAAUUUCUUUUUUGUUUACUAAAGUUUUAUUUUCUUGCAUUUCAUACUGAUACGUUUGUAACGUGAUCUUCCGUUUUAUAACGAAGCCAGAUUAUAUUUCUUUCUUAUUUAUUGUGUCAAUAAAGCUGUUUUACAUGUCAA